AUGGCUUCUGAGGAUGAAUCGCAGUCUGCCGAUCAUCAUCAUGAUGAACAGGACUGGGAGGCGCAAAAGGAGAACUUCCGACAAUGCUACAUCGACAACAACAUGACUCGUAAGGCAGCGGCCAAGUUUAUGAAGGACUUUUUCGGCUUCGAUGCCACUCCACGACAAUGGGAACGCAGAAUCAAACAAUGGGGAUUUCAGAAGUAUUCAACCAGAGAAGAGAGAAUGUCUCAGAUUGCGCAAUCCGGAAAGUCGGUCCUGGAUGUUAGCAAACCUGGACGACGACCUCGUGCGCACUCCAGCAACAGUCUUCAUCCCCGCGAGGAUAGAAAUCUACGUCGAUUUGCUCGACGUGAAGUCAGUCGUUCAAGGUCAAGGACACGGUCCAAUUCUUUCACCAAUUCUUCGCGACCAGUCUUGGGUGAUGAAUUCCAAGAACUCGGGCAACCCGCGUUCGAUAAUCAGGCUUUCAAUGUCAACUUCUCAAGUACCCCUUCGUUGCCAUCUCAAAAUACCACUGGAUUCAAUGCAAACGCCACAGCAAACGCGAUAAAUCCACAUCACCCACCGCACUUCAAUUUCCAUUCAGAAAAGGCAGUAUCUAGCUUCGACGGAACUGCUGGGCAUGACGGCGUUUUCACUGUCGGUAACCGACAAUGGACCGAAUCACAAGGACCAAACUCCACGAGACAAUGGAAUCUGCCUGGAAGUCAGGUCUCUAUGUCAACAUAUCCGCCGUCGCUGCCAACCCAGACUUCGAUAGGUCAAGGUCUAUCCAACCUCAAUGGUACCUACCUCAAUGAAAACGAAUCUCCGCCUGGGUUUCCAAUUGACAACGCAUUCCCAUUACCGAAUACACACUACGAUUACGGUCUUUCAGAAGAUGGUAUUGGGAUCAACCCUAACAUUAUCAGCUCUAAUCCUCUCUCGGAACAGCAGUUAUAUAAUCAGACUAUUCCAAAUGCACAAGCAUCGACGGGUGCCGAUACAAAUUUCGAUGUCAUCGACUUCCAGUUGUUCGUGAAUGAUGUUGACUCUGCGUCAGCACAACUUGCGCUUAACGAGGAUGAUUUUCAUCCAGUUCCACCUGUACAAGGUCCAUUCCCUGCAAGUGCUCCAGCUGUCAAUAUAGCCUUCACAGGACCAUUGCAGAAUGAUGUUGGUCCUUUGGUUGAAGAGCUCGUCAGAAAUAUGCAUGGCAUUGCUUUACUGGGAAAUGAAAGUGGACUUCAGCAUAAACUAAGCACAGAGGCCCAAAUCUUCACCGAUCGACUCGCAAUCGUGUUGGAUAACUUUACGAAUACACAACAGCGAGCAGUACAAGAUAUGUCGCGGAUUCUUCGCCAUUUACGAGACAAGAACAAACUUCUUGAGGAAAGCCUUAAUACACUUCAAAUGCAAAGCACUAUGUCAACAGAAUUACAACAUCACCACGCAACCAUCCCCUCACAGCCUGACAACUACAUGUUCCAUCAGUCAGUAGGAGCCGGUGAAGACAGCAUUUACACGAAGCCUCACUUUCCAUAG